AUGUCUUCUUUUGCACUGGUUUGGAAAACUUACAGACAAUUCAAUUCCACUUGGAUGUUCGGAUUGGGCACAAUCGUCGUCCUAGUCGUUAGCGCUAGCAUGAGACAGGCCCGUAUGACCCACGACUUUGUUUCUCAGUUGAGCACAUCCCAGACACUGAAUUCGCUCAUGAGCUGCUCAGGCUCUUACAAGAGCAUUGACUGUCUCAGACGAUACCACAACGAAAUUUUGCGAGAGUUUGCCCCGACCCUCAUACCAAUUGUUCACGCUGAGUUAAAAUUUUGUCUUAAUGGACUCCAAAAUGGCCAAUCGGGCGCUGAUGUGCUUCUGGGCGUCCAUUCCUGUCUUAGCAGGGCUGACAAGCUCAAUACGGCCUUCCAGAAAACACACACGGAAACAGUACCAUUCAAUACCUGGCUAUUAGCAUAUUUUUCAGUCACCGCGCUCUCCAUAGCGUGGCUAGUGGGACAUCUACUUGCAUCAAAUCAAAAAACACUCAAGACACAGGACGGUCUUGCAUUGCAAAACGUUGUUGAAAAGCUCGAUGCCAUGCUGAAUGACAUAUCCGGCUUGAAAGAAAAGAUACUGGGCCUCGAAAAAGCAGUCUGUAAUUUAGAGCUCUUCGCCAACAGCUUCACAGGAACAGAGAGAUCGUUCAGCAAAAGGCUUGAACACGUCUUACAAUCCUGUAAGGAAACCAGCCAACAGCUUGCAUAUGUGUCCGACCCUUUCCCUCUUGCAUCCGGUUCGAUUGGUCGGACCGCCAGACCGUCGGAUAUAUUCCUCGAAGACAAAUCCAUCAAAGUCGGCAACAAGACCUUCAACAUAGCAACAAAGGAUGGGCUUGACCAAUGGAAGACGUUUGUGCACCAAAGCAUCAACAAGAAGCCAGAACAGGAGCCUAACCUGUCUGGAUCCGAAAACGAGACAACACCCAGUCCCAUCGAUGUCAAAAGUCUGAGGAUGACAGAUGAGAACGGGAAACCGUUUAGACGCAUUUUUGUGCCCAACAGAGGCUGGGUUUCAUCGAGAAAGCUCCAUCAAGAACUGCAGCUAAUGGCUUGA